CAAAUACUAACUGUUUUUUUGGCGCGGAGUUAGACCGUGAGAAAGACUCACGUGCUGGUUGUGUGGAUUUCCACCGCCAAUAUACAAACGUUCUACUCCACCAGUUCUCUGGGAAAUAAGACAUUACAGACUAAUAAAGAAAACUAUAGAAAACUCUUAGACAUUACGUUCCGGCCAUGGUUUUCAAGCUUAUCAGAUUGUGUCUACUUUUUCUGUUGGCAAAUACUUCUUGGUCUGUUGACCGUUCAAAUUUCAAGACGUGUGACCAGAGCUCGUUUUGCACUCGACAGCGAAAAUUGAAAGCUGAUAGUCUAGACUACUGGUUGGAACCAAACUCCGUCAUAAUGAAUUCGUAUGGUAUGACUGCCAUUAUUCAAACUCAGGAUCAAAACCACUCACUUUUAUUAAAUAUUUCUUAUCAUAAACAUUCCAUCUUUCAUGUUUUCAUCGAUGAGCUUACAAAUGAGUUUAAGCGGUUUCGUGUGCCUUCAGGCGAUGUAAUCUUGAAAAGUGCCGAGAAAGCACCUGUUAAAUCAAUAGUUAAUGCAACCAAUGUAGUAUUACAAGGAAAUUCUGGAGAUAAAGCGGUUGUGCAUUAUAAACCUUUCCACAUUGAUUUUCUGUUGGAUAAUACUGUUGUGGCUUCAGUUAAUAGAAGGAAUCUUCUACAUUUUGAGCAUCAGAGAAAUAAACCUGUUGUCGAAAAACAGUCGACUGAAGAGAAUAAUCACACUUCUGGUGAGACUCACAAUCAAGAUACCUCAUCCGUCAAAGACUCUGAUAAAUCCUCAAGUGAUUCAGAUGUCUCCAAAGACUCUGCAACAGUUGAUGAAAAUAAAGUAGACGAACAACAACCACAUUCUAGUUCACAAGAUACAGUUUCUAGUGAUCCAACAUGGUCUGAGCACUUCAAAGAACAUCUCGACUCAAGGCCUCAUGGAUUGAAUUCGAUUUCAUUGGACUUCGACUUUCAUGGAUUCAAUCACGUUUAUGGCAUUCCAGAACAUGCUGAUGGAUUUGUGCUAAAAUCAACAAGCAACGGCGAUCCAUACAGGCUUUACAAUCUUGAUGUUUUCGAAUACGAGUUAAACAAUCCUAUGGCCCUGUAUGGCUCUGUUCCUCUUUUAUGGGGGCACAAUCAAAAUCAUACAGUUGGUAUUUUGUGGCUCAAUCCAUCAGAAACGUGGAUCGAUAUCGAGUACUCGAAUUCAGAAACCAAUGGCCUAUUCUCUAGAAUCCCGAAUUUCUUCGCGAAAAAAUCUCAGGAAACUCGUGUGGAAACUAGAUGGAUAUCAGAGUCUGGUUUGGUAGAUUUAUAUGUUUUUAUGGGUCAUGUUCCAUCUGAAGUAAUGAGCGCAUAUGCUUAUCUGGUGGGAACGACAAAAUUACCGCCGCUGUUUGCUAUAGGUUAUCAUCAGUGUCGAUGGAAUUAUAAUGAUGAGGCUGAUGUACUAACGGUGGAUAAGCAUUUCGAUGAAUAUGAAAUUCCUGUUGAUGUUUUAUGGUUAGAUAUUGAGCACACAGACGGAAAACGUUACUUCACAUGGGACCGAAACAAGUUUCCUAAUCCUGGAGAAAUGGUUGAUAAAUUAAAUGUCAAAGGCCGAAAGCUUGUCACAGUUGUUGAUCCUCAUAUUAAACGCGAUUCAAACUGGCCCUUAUUUAGUAACUCUCAGAACAGUGGGAUUUUCGUAAAAACCAGGGAUGGUACUGAAUAUGAUGGUUGGUGCUGGCCUGGUUCUAGUGCAUGGCCUGAUUUUACUGACGAAGCUGUACGACAGUGGUGGUCAAAUCAGUUCCUAACUUAUGAACCUGUUCGCAAAGAUACAAUGUUUACUUGGAAUGACAUGGGGGAACCAUCAGUUUUCAACGGUCCGGAAGUCACUAUGCACAAAGAUGCUAAACAUGCAAAUAACUGGGAACAUCGUGACAUACACAACUUAUAUGGUUUGUACGUUCAUCAAGCAACUUGGGAUGGGCAAAUGUUACGGUCAAAUGGUAUGGAGCGUCCCUUUGUACUCUCUCGGGCAUUUUUUGUUGGAUCUCAGAGGACAGCAGCUGUUUGGACCGGAGAUAAUACGGCAGAUUGGGGACACCUAAAGAUUUCAGUCCCAAUGCUUCUCAGUCUAUCGGUCACGGGUUUGACAUUGAGCGGAGCUGAUGUUGGAGGUUUUUUCGGAAAUCCAGAUCCUGAGUUACUGACAAGGUGGUAUCAAGCUGCUGCUUACCAACCAUUUUUCCGCGCUCAUGCUCACAUUGAUACUAAGCGCCGUGAGCCUUGGUUGGUACCUGCAGAAUAUGUUGAUCCUAUACGGAAAGCUAUACAAGCACGUUACAAUUUACUUCCCUAUUGGUAUACUACAUUUGCUCGGUCAGAAGCAGAUGGUCAACCAGUUAUGGCGCCAAUGUGGUUUCAUUUUCCUAAAGACGUGAAUACAUUUGCCUUGGAGGAACAGUAUAUGAUUGGUGAAGCUUUACUUGUAAAUCCUGUCACUUCCCAAGGUGCUAGUCAUGUACAAAUAUACUUCCCUAAAGGAACAUGGUAUCACAAUCCGUCAUUUGAGGUCUAUACAGGUGAACAAUUAGUGCAGUAUCCCGUGACAUUAUCAUCCAUACCUACGUUUUAUAGAGGUGGUUGGAUUAUACCGAGAAAAGAACGCAUACGUCGUUCAUCAUGGCUUAUGCGUGAUGAUCCAUACACGUUCAUCGUGUGUUUGGAUCCUGAAGAGCCUAAUGCUUCUGGUUACAUAUAUUUUGAUGAUUUUCAUUCUACCUCCAAGUUAAAUGCACAAUUUUUCAAAAUUAUCUAUAAUCGAGUUGUGGAUCCAACAGGUGGAAAUAUGCAUGGUGGAAGAUUGCGUUUAGUACGUUUACCAUUACCAGGUGAAACAUCUAUUUCUUCUCCUACAAAUGAAAUUGUUAUUCCGAGAAUUGAACGUAUUGUUAUUGUUGGAUUAAAUAGCACAUUAGAAAGAGUUACUGUUAUUGAAGAGCAUAAACCACGUAGAAAUUUAGAGUUUUCAGUUAAUCCACCAAUUCAUCUUUCUGGUAGUGGUCCCACGCACACACCUCAAACUGUUUUUGUUCGUAAACCCGAACUUUUAGUAAACGAUCAAUGGGAGGUUCAUUUUGUCACUGGUAAAGAACUGAAAGAUGAUUUAUAAAUGAAAACUAAUGUUUUUUUCUAUUUGUUUUUAUACAACAAUCUGUUCUGCAUGUACAUGAAAAUGUUGUUUUAAAAUACACCUACAAAAAACCUCUUAUUUUUAGACUAGUUGUUUAAUAAAUCUACUCUUUGUUUUGUUUUUUUGUUUACCAAGUGUAAUAUGUGUAUGUUAACUUUUUGUCAUUUGUCCUUUUUCUCUUCUCAUUUCUGAUUUGUCUUCACUAUAUAUUUUGUUUCCUUUCCAAAGCACCUCUUCUAAAUUUUUUUUUUGUGUUUCCUUAUCUCGGCACUAGUGAUGUGUAUGUACUUUUCAUAUAAUCGAAUUAGGCUUCAAAAUAUAUUUUUAUUUGUUGUACAUUUCCUUCUUAUCUAUGUAUAUGAUUGCAUGUAAGAACUUCCUAUAAUGCAUCAUACGCCACGUAUUUUAUUACAUCUCAGUAAUUUUGUUUAGGCACCUGGCUUCCAACCAGUAUGUCAUGACUUCGGCCACCACUCAUUUUACUGAGGUUUGGACAGCCAAUUGUUAGUGUCCAUAUACCUCACACAGUAGUUGUCACUUGUUCCCAACUACUUGGAAUUGCAAGUGGUUGUUCAGUAACAUUUAAUUUUUUUUUACUGAUUUCCAAAAUUGUCUGUGGCUCAAAAGUUUACGAUAAGAUAAAAUGUAAAGACUCAUCGCGGUAUACGGAUAGAUCUAUUAGGUGUUCAUUUAUUUUAUAUGGAGUGUUAUAGACCAAUAGGAAAGCUGUUACAUUCAUCCUAUGGAUGUUAACGAGAAUUAUCAGCCGACAAACUGAAAACAUCGCCCUACUUUCGAGAUACAUUUGGUCGUUUCAGAAUGUCCACAUGGAGAUUAGAUAGAUUAAUUCUAUACUAGUUGGACCUAUCAUUUUUGUCAGUUCGUUCCAAUUUUACAUAUAAAUAAUGUGUCGGUUAAAGUUUGUUUUGAUUUGAGAUAUAUUCAACAUGCAUACGACUACGUGUACCUACGACAUCAUUUGUAUUUCUAUCCAAGAGUUAUUCAAGCACAAAAUAAAUUUCAGCAGACAGUAAAAGAUACAAUAUGAUGUUUUCUUAUACAUCUCCGUUCAUAUUCAUCUACAGUUUAUAGCGUAAGCGAUGUGAUUUAUGACUUUUAUCAUCAUAAAACAGGAGAUAUGUUUUGAGUUUAUUUUUUGAACAAAUUUAUGUUACUACUGAUAGUAAGUCUGGAAGAUAAAUCUGCUGAGUGUUUAAAUUCACAGCGCUAUGUUUGUUCUUCUUGGCUUCAAAUAACAGUGCUACUAAAGUGCAGAGGAUACUUUAAAAGUUAAGAAACGCUCAAGGAAUAACUGUUGAGUUUCUUCUCUGUUUAGAGAUAUAUUUACCAAUGAUUGCAAAGGUUGAUUAUAAUUUCAGUUGGGAAGGUAGGUGUAAAGGAUUCGAAUGUGCUAACAAUCACUUUUUAAUAGUUGAGCAACUAGGUAACCAAAUCACAGUUGUGCUAAGAUUUCCUGUGUUAUUAUUCCGACUGUCCGUCCAUCCGUUGUUCCGUCCUAAUACGGGAUCCAGAAAUGAUAAAGAAUAUAUGUAUUUCAGGUGGAUGAUUUUGGUGUUGCUGACUUUUAUGAGUAAAUCAUAUAUAACUGAAAACAUACAAUCAUGGAAAAUAAAGAAAUCUUGAACAUAUCAAUCCAUUCGUCAUGUUUUUGUAUGGUUAUGAAGCAAAAUUUUCCAUCCUAAUAUUACUGUACUUUCUUUGAAAUGCCAGGUAUAAUAGUGAAAAUACUCAGUUCUUGAACUAUUGUUAUGUCAGUAGAGUACGAGAUAAUAGUCACCUGUCGAAUAUCGCGUCUGCGAUGGCUUACUGAUUCCUUAAAUAUGACUAUAAAAUAAAUCAUGAUUCAGGACUAGCUCAACUAGGACAGAAUUUUCAGUUAUUAAUAUCUUAAAAACGUCAAGUGUUGUCUAAAAAUUUUAAAAAAUUAAGAGUACGAUUACGAUAAGAAUGAAGAUGUGAAGUGAAGUGGAAAGAAUUCAAGUGGUAAAAUAAAAUAAAGUAAA